ACCACUACUUCCGGGUUCUAGCAUUCUGGUCGGAAUCCACCUCUCCGCCUGUGCAACACACACUUUACACACGCACGGCGACUGCAAGCGGGCAGCAUCGAUCGUGGCUCCUUUAAGACAAACUCAGACAGACAUUUUUUUAACCCUCCUCUCUAAUCUCCCUUCAGUGCAGCAGUUGCAAAGAGGGAGAGAGAAAGAGAAAGAGAGCGAGAGAAGAGAGAAACUGAUUGGGAAUUAGGACUGAUUCAAGGAAAGCGGGCGCUAGGGCUUUGUGCAUUUGAAUAUUAACAUUUGAGGUGUUCUGACCAGAAGAAGACAGAACGGAUGAUCAUUCAUUCACCACGUUGACAACCUCGCCUGUGAUUGACAGCUGGAGUGGCAGAAAGCCAUGAGAUUUGGUAGUUGGUUCUGAGGGGCGCUCUUUUUUUUUCUUUUUCUUUUCUUUUCUUUCUUUUUUUUUUAACUGAUUUUUUUGGGGGGGAAGAGAAGAUCUGCUUUUUUUUCCCUCCCACUGCUGUCUUGGUGGAACCAGAGCGCUUUUAUGCUCAGCGACGCGGGCGCCUUGCUUCAGGUCCGGUAGACCGAAGAUCUGGGACCAGUAAUUCACACUGCUGGAGACGCAAAGGGAUUUUUUUGUUACUGUUGUGCUUUAUUUUUUUUUCCGAGGGAGUUUGCAUAUUUGUUUCUUUUCACACUGGCCUUAAAGAGGAUAUAUUAGAAGUUGAAGAAGGAAGGGAGGCAGUGAGGCCGAUGGCGCAAAGGUACGACGAUCUACCCCAUUAUGGGGGCAUGGAUGGAGUAGGCAUCCCCUCCACGAUGUAUGGGGACCCGCAUGCAGCCAGGUCUAUGCAGCCGGUCCACCACCUGAACCACGGGCCUCCUCUGCACUCUCAUCAGUACCCGCACACAGCUCAUACCAACGCCAUGGCCCCCAGCAUGGGCUCCUCAGUCAAUGACGCUUUAAAGAGAGAUAAAGACGCCAUUUAUGGACACCCCCUCUUCCCUCUCUUAGCACUGAUUUUUGAGAAAUGUGAAUUAGCUACUUGUACCCCCCGCGAGCCGGGGGUGGCGGGCGGGGACGUCUGCUCGUCAGAGUCAUUCAAUGAAGAUAUAGCGGUGUUCGCCAAACAGAUUCGUGCAGAAAAACCUCUAUUCUCUUCUAAUCCAGAACUGGAUAACUUGAUGAUCCAAGCCAUACAAGUAUUAAGGUUUCAUCUGUUGGAAUUAGAGAAGGUACACGAAUUAUGUGACAAUUUCUGCCACCGGUAUAUUAGCUGUUUGAAAGGGAAAAUGCCUAUCGAUUUGGUGAUAGAUGAUAGAGAAGGCGGAUCAAAAUCAGACAGUGAAGAUGUAACAAGAGCAGCAAAUCUAACUGACCAGCCCUCUUGGAAUAGAGACCAUGAUGACACGGCAUCCACUCGUUCAGGAGGAACCCCGGGCCCUUCCAGCGGUGGCCACACUUCACACAGUGGGGAUAACAGCAGUGAGCAAGGUGAUGGCUUGGACAACAGUGUAGCUUCCCCCAGCACAGGUGACGAUGAUGACCCUGAUAAGGACAAAAAGCGUCACAAAAAGCGUGGCAUCUUUCCCAAAGUAGCCACCAAUAUCAUGAGGGCGUGGCUGUUCCAGCAUCUAACACACCCUUACCCUUCUGAAGAGCAGAAAAAGCAGUUGGCACAAGAUACGGGACUCACCAUCCUUCAAGUGAACAAUUGGUUUAUUAAUGCGCGGAGAAGAAUAGUGCAGCCCAUGAUAGAUCAGUCCAACCGAGCAGUCAGCCAAGGGACACCUUAUAACCCCGAUGGACAGCCAAUGGGAGGUUUUGUAAUGGACGGUCAGCAGCACAUGGGCAUCAGAGCGCCAGGACCUAUGAGUGGAAUGGGCAUGAAUAUGGGCAUGGAGGGGCAGUGGCACUACAUGUAACGUUCAUCUAGUUAACCAAUCGAAAGCCAGGGGGAAGGCUGCAAAGUAUGCCAGGGGAGUAUGUAGCCCGGGGUGGUCCAAUGGGUGUGAGUAUGGGACAGCCGAGUUAUACCCAAGCCCAGAUGCCCCCCCAUCCUGCUCAGCUGCGUCAUGGGCCCCCCAUGCAUACGUACAUUCCUGGACAUCCUCACCACCCCGCAGUGAUGAUGCAUGGAGGACAGCCCCACCCUGGAAUGCCAAUGUCAGCGUCAAGCCCCUCGGUUCUUAAUACAGGAGACCCGACAAUGAGUGGACAAGUCAUGAACAUUCAUGCUCAGUAGCUUAAGGGAAUAUGCAUUGUCUGCAAUGGUGACUGAUCUCGAAUCAUGUCUUUUUCUGCAAUGACUAUGGAGUUCCAUUCUUGACAUCUACUUUGGACCAAGGAGCAUCCCUAAUUCUUCAUAGGGACUCUUAAAAAAUGCAGGAAAACCAACCGAAGUCAAUUUGGGGGACAUGCAAAAAUAACUAUAUAAGACAUUAAAAGAACAAAGAGUGAAAUAUUGUAAAUGCUAUUAUACUGUUAUCCAUAUUACGUUGUUUCUUAUAGAUUUUUUAAAAAAAAUGUGAAAUUUUUCCACACUAUGUGUGUUGUUUCCAUAGCUCUUCACUUCCUCCAGAAGCCUCCUUACAUUAAAAAGCCUUACAGUCAUCCUGCAAGGGACAGGAAGGUCUGAUUUGCAGGAUUUUUAGAGCAUUAAAAUAACUAUCAGGCAGAAGAAUCUUUCUUCUCGCCUAGGAUUUCAGCCAUGUGCGCGCUCUCUCUCUCUCUCUCUCUCCUCUCUCUCUCUUCUCCUCUCUCUCCCUCUCUCUAGCCUGGGGCUUGAAUUUGCAUGUCUAAUUCAUUUACUCACCAUAUUUGAAUUGGCCUGAACAGAUGUAAAUCGGGAAGGAUGGGAAAAACUGCAGUCACCCAACAAUGAUUAAUCAGCUGUUGCAGGCAGUGUCUUAAGGAGACUGGUAGAAGGAGCCAUGGAAACCCAAAGGCCGUGUGUUUAGAAGCCUAACUGUCACGUCAAGCGUCAUCGUCCCCAUGCGACAACAACCAUCACCUUAUACAUCACUUCCUGUUUUAUGCAGCUCAAAAAAAAAAACAUAGACUGAAGAUUUAUUUUUAAUAUGUUGACUUUGUUUCUCAGCAAAGCAUUGGUCAUGUGUGUAUUUUUCCAUAGUCCCACCUUGGAGCAUUUAUGUAGACAUUGUAAAUAAAUUUUGUGCAAAAAGGACUGGAAA